UCUAGUAGUAGUACGUACGAAACAGGCGACGGUCUCUGGUCUUGUGAAACACCGUCAUCCUUUAAUCCCUGUAGUGUGUCGUUUAAUUUCUGCAUCGUGUCGUUUAAUCCUAUUCCGAGUCACGUAACCGUACGACGUUGGGCGAGGGGCACAAAACCCCGUUUCGCCGAGCAAUCGCGUUCGUUCCAAUCUAAUACCGACGCUCCCUGAGUCUUCUUUCGUUUUCUAUCGGAAACGAAAAAGAAGCGAAAAGAGAAACGAAGACAAUAUUGCACUUCUUUUUCUUCGUCGUCUUCUUGUUUCGCAAUCUCGAUUUGGUUAAACUAUGACAGAAGAUAGCAGCGUUAGGGUUUCUUCUUCCAACGAAACCUCUGUGUCCAACGAUGCUGCGCAAACGCGGCGGAGAAAGAAAAGAAAGUGGGAUCAACCAGCGGAUUCGUUGAUGCCAGUUGGCAUGGCAGUACCUGGAGCACUCCCUUUGAGCAAUGCUGUUUCACUUGGAGGGAUUCCAUAUCCUGGCAUGGUUCCGGUGAUAUCCGGUGCCCUUUUGACGAAUCCUCUGGCAGCUUCUGCUCAUGUUCAGCAACAAACUGCUGCAGCUGCUGUUGCCGCCCAAAAAACGAAUCAACAAAAGAUCCAAGAUGAAUUAAUAAUUGCUCGGGAAAUUGUCAUAAAUGAUGCAGAGUCUUCUGUUCGCUACAAGUUGACAAAACGUCAGACACAAGAGGAGAUCCAGAGGUGUACUGGUGCCAUAGUAAUUACUAGGGGAAAGUAUCGACCUCCUAAUAUACCACUUGAUGGAGAGAAACCACUGUAUCUUCACAUAUCUGCAGGAGCUCAUAUAAAAGAGACAGCAGAAAGGAUUUUAGCUGUUGAUCGUGCUGCUGCAAUGAUUGAAGAAAUGCUCAAGCUAGGGCAAAAUUCACAGUCAAUUUCUUCUGCCUCACCUAAUGGACCGAAGGUGCUGAAUACGUGUGUGUUUUUGGGUUUUGAUGCUGAUCCUUCAUUGAACAUUGUGGCUCGGAUACGUGGACCAAAUGACCAGUAUAUAAAUCACAUUAUGAAUGAAACAGGAGCAACAGUUAUACUGAGAGGACAUGGUUCAGGAAACAAUGAAUGCUUGAAUGCAGAAGAUGGGCAGGAGCCUCUGCAUCUGUUGUUGUCCAGCAACAAUGCAAAAAGCCUUGAGGAUGCUAAGCUUUUGGCUGAAAAUCUUUUGGAUACAAUCUGUACUGAGUGUGGUGCUUCAAGGGUUUCAUCAUGUAAGGUUUAUAGUGCUGUUCCACCUCCACAGCAGGUAUACACUGCUGUUCCACCUCCCCAGCAGGUAUAUAGUGCUGUUCCACCACCUCAGCAGGUUUAUGAUGGCCUUUCAUUGUCAAAGCAGAUCCCUACUGUCAUUUCACCCCCACAAAUUUACAGCGCUGUUCCACCCCCACCGAAGUUGACAGGUGUUCAGAGCCCUGCAAUUGAGCAUGAGGCAGUUACCAGUGUAACCAGUAGUUCUAUGUCAGCAGUAGUGGUCUUGAAACCAGUUCCUCCUGCUUCCUCGGUUGGAGUGAUUGGUGACACCGCUGCCCUCACUUUGGGAACUACACCACAACUUACUGGACAUUUAAGCUCUGGGCAUCAAGCAAACGUGAUUGGUUACACUCCCCCCCCUUUAGUAUCUGGUGGCACUAGCUAUAUUGGAUAUGGUGGAAUAUAUCCUCAAGCUACCCCUUUGCAACAAGUUGCCCUUGCUUUGAGGCACUCACCUCCUGUUGCUUCAACAGUUGAUCCCACAACAUUAGCAUCAAAUGGAGAGUCCAAGCCAACCUCAAGCAUUGAUUUUGAAAAGGAGAAGCGGCCACCCCAAAAACGAAAGUUUCAAGAAUUACCAGUUGGUUCGAAAGGCACAGCAAAACUCAAUCAGGGUUUUCAAUUUUGGAGGAGUAGGAGCGUGCUUGUGUCUUCACAGCAUACGUCCUUUCUAAUCCAAGAUGUUAUUAUGACUUUUUCCUUCAUUGGUAAAAUUGCUGCAAAAGAUGUGGGGUGCUUUUUGGCGACCAUGCCCUCCUCUAGUCCUGCAUACAGGGACUGUCAAUUUCUUGAAGGGAAGGAGGGUUUACCGUACCAAAUUGAUGCAAUCUUUUAAAGGGAAGAAGACAAUUUGGGAUAGUAGAAAAUAUAAAACUAGAGAAUGAGAUAUCAUAGGUAGGUAUAUAAUAAGAAAAGGAUUAUAUCAGAGUAGAUUAAAAUUGUGGGCGAAGUAAAUUAAAAUAAAAAAGCUCUUUCCCUUAGUUAUCGUCACACUUUUAGAACAUCUUACAACACCGUUGUUCUUUGUGCAAAUGAUUUUAUCUGAAGAUUUGACAUCAAUGCUACAUUUGGUAUAGGAACUCCAACCCUUUUAUCGGGGAAAUUUGGGCUGCAGAUUUACAGUUAUAACACUUUUUAUUCGGAGAAUGGCAUUAAAUUAUUAUAUACCUGUCUUAAUAUUACUUAACCAUUUACAUAAUCUGGCUAGAUUUUAUACUUUCUGGCUUCCUGCUAUUGUUUGUCUCAGUAGAUCAAUUUUGGAUGUUACGGUACACUAGUAACAAGUCGUUACCUGUUUAUUCUACCAUGUAGUGUUUUACCUUGCUUUUUGUCUUUUGUUUUCCUCGUUUGCAGUUCAGUGUCUUUAUUUGACUUUCAAGUCUGGCGUGUUGGAAUGAUUGGUUAAGUACCUGAUUCAAAAGUUGUAUUUGGGUUUUUGUUUUCUCCCACUCUAUCUUGAUUGCAGGGUUUGCAACCUCUAAAACCUAAUGAACAACUUGAUGGUCUUGUUGUGAGGAAUAUAUCAACUAUGCCCGCCCCUAAGAAGUUGGUCCAGCCAUCAUCCAACGGAAUGCCAGCACCUCUACCGAGAACUAUGCCACCACCGCC